AUGACCCUCUCGGACAGACUUUCGGAGCCUCCGCAAUGGCAAAGCUCGCUCUGGGAUCACUUCCAUAAAUUCAAGAAGAGAUACUACAAAGAAGAUACCUCUCAUAAAGCAGCUUGGUGCCGUGGAUGCGUGAAGAAUGAGAUCGAGGGCCUGGAGAAGCAGGAUGAGUUGGCAGUCAUACAUGGAGAACGAGAGAACAUACGAAGUGAGGAUGAACUUUUUGAGACAGGUACGCUGUACAGAGCCUCUCAAUUGGAGUCAAUCGCAAAAAUUGAACCAAUACGCGGCAAGCUAGAAACAUUAGAGGGUCAUCUGAAGAAAUGCAAGCAUAUUGAUGCUGCAGAUGUCAAGAUAGCACUCGAAAAACGAAAGAUCGAGCUCGAGACACAUCAUAACAAAGAAAACGGCCAUAGCGCACCUUCUGCAUCACAUUCACCUCCCACGACUCCCUCACGCUCCCGUCACACCACUGCCAUCCAUCCUGACUCGCCCGUCGCAAAGCGCCAGAGGCUCGCUGAUCAUCCCAUACCCAUUGACGAACUACAAAGGGAAUUCUCGGACGACUUUCUACGACUGUUGGUCGCAAAUCGGCUGGCGUGGAAUGCUGCUGACCAUCCGGAGACCCUGAGAUUCAUGCGAAAAUGGUGUCCGGAGGGGCUCCGUGUACCACAUCGUCGUAUGCUAGGAGGUCCGUUGCUGAAGAAGGCGGUGGCGGUGGCCGAUAAGAAGGUGAAGGGUUGCGUUCAAGGGCAGUUAGCGACAGGAGAGAGUGACGGCUGGAAGGACACAUCAAAAACACCCGUGAGUACGACGAUGAUGACCGUCAACAAUGAGUCCUAUCUUGUACGAACGCACAACCUUUCUGGACAGCGCAAGGACGGCAAUAACCUAUACGACAUCAUCCUUGACGAUAAGACUUACAUGGAAAAAUCUUUCCUUGUAGAACUCAUCGCAUGGAUCACAGAUGAUGGCCCCGAUGGAAAGAAGGCGAGGCGGCUACUGAGCGAGAAAUUUGGGGGGAGGAUCAUUGUAUCUGUCUGCUGGGCCCACCAGAUCAACCUCAUCGUCGGCGACUACCUCAAGAAGAAUCCACAGAUGAGGCGGCACGUUCAGAUGGCCAUACUCGUGAUUGAAUGGUUCCGCGCUCAUGACUUACCUCGACAUUGGCUCAACCAAGAGCAACUCUCGAACGACACGCACGCUCUUGUUCUCAUCCUCCCUGUCGUGACUCGCUGGAUGUACCACUAUCUUUCGGUAUCUCGCCUUCUUGCGGUCUCUGGAGCACUGCGGGCAUUGGUCUUCAAGCGUGCGGAUGAUCUAGUGGAAUGUGCGGGAAGGAAGGAUGACGACAAAGAGAAGGCAGAGAAGGUGCUGGGUAUAGUGGAGGAUCCAGAGUUUUGGGAUUGUCUUCGGAAAGUUCAAGCGUACCUAGAACCACUUGCCAUCGCCAACAACGUUGCUCAAGCAGCACAUACUCGUUUCGAUCACAUACUCAUUUCCCUCGGCAAUCUAUACCGCAUCUAUAGCGACCCAAAGCUUGAGAGGGUUUAUGGACGAAAGGCAGACGUUCAGUUCUGGGAAGCCACGAACGACUAUUAUCACUCACAAGGUGACUUUUCGGAUGAUGGGAUGUCUCUCGCGUUCUUUGAAGAGUCUUGCAAACAGAGGGAUGAAGAAGUUGACGUCGUCCAAGUGUGGCGUGCUCUCGAGGAUCGCAAUACCGAUGACGCGUUCAAUGGAAGACAAGGAUUCAUAAAACUUGCCAUUCGGAUCCUCAGCAUUGUCGCCAACUCGGCAAGCUGUGAACGUAGUUUCACAAAAUUCGGCAAUGUUCAUACGAAGCUUCGCAACCGUCUGUCUUCCACACACGACAUCACCACCGUCAGUAUGGACAUCGAUCGCGACCACGCAAACGCAAAACGCAAACGCCCCAAGCGCAAAUUUGGCGACAUUGACUCGUCUCAGCCCUCCCUUCCACCGUCCACUCCAGAAUUACUUCCCCAAGAAUCAGAUGAAUUUGCUGCUCAAGACCUCCUGGACCCGGAGCACGACGCCACCGAUUUCGGUCUCAUCGCUGAUCGCCUAUGUGCAGAUGCAGAGGCUCAGAGUGCGGACACUGAGGCGGCCUACAGUACCUACAAGUUCUCUCAGAUUCCACUCUCCGAUGUCUUCAUAUACCCGUCCUGGAACUCUGGCAUUUCCGCCCAGCCUGGCUCUAUCUUGGAGCACUUCUGGAAAGGCGGUGUUCGGAGUGUUGAGUUGGAAAUGGACCUGCACGCUGCUUUGUGGGGCGACGACGACGGGGUUGACAAGCAUAGUAAAGAUUCAUUGUAGUUAUUACAUAGUACAUAAUCAACAUU